AUGGCUCGGAUUUGGAGGGAACACAAAACACCGGAUGGAUCGAAUUAUUACUAUAAUAUCAAGACUAAACAAACUACGAGAGAGCGUCCUGCGGACUUUUUAGAUCAAGAGCCGGAAAACAGAAAAAAAAGAUUGCCUGGAAGUCAACGAUCUGUUCUUUUCACCUUUGAACUUAUUGAUGGUUGGAAACUCGUUUUAUGCCAAGAUGGGUCAAAACAUUACACACACAAUGAAAAUGAAAAAUUAUUUGACGAUGUGGAUAACGAAAGCUGCAAACAGGUUCUGGCUCAAUUGGAUGAAGAAAAACUAAAACGACUGGCAGAUCUUGCAAGGAGCCAGAAGAACGGUAGCACACAGUUGUAUGAGGACAUUUCCAAUGACAUAGCCAGGAUCAAAAGUCUACCAGAAGAAGCCGCUGUUGAAAACGAGGACGAACCGGAAUUCUCCUUUUCGGACUCGGACGCAAGUGCAGAAGAGAAUGUGGUUACCGGCUACGGUACUUCAGAUGACGAAAGCGAAGACAAUGAUGGCACGAAUGGCAGCGAUGACAAUGACAGCGGCGAACGUGCAAGUAGUAAAACCACGGAGUCUGAAAAUAAAAUCAUUUUCAAAAAGUUGUUGGAAUCUUACUCAUUGGAUCCGUUUUCAACGUGGAGAAUACAGUCCAGAAAGCUUCAAGACGAUCCCAGAUUUUACAGAAUCAGCAAAGAUUCAACAAGAGAACAGUAUUUUGAAGAAUGGUGUGCCGAACAGUGCAAUAACGGGAAUGUCACAGAGAACAUCAUAGACGCUUUGGACGAAAGCAACAUCGAAUCGGAAUCAGAGCUGGACUCUGACACGCUGGAACCCACAAAAUACCAUUACCUGUCACACAUAGUGUCCAAAUCCGCCAUACAACCGACGACUUUGGCCAAAGACAUCAGAGCUGAACAAAAGGGACUUUUCAAGCAAUUCAAGAUCAAAAGCACUUUGGAUGGGAAAUCACAAGUAGCUUUCAUCUCUAAGCUCCUUUUUUAUUAUAAGAAACUGGAUGAUAGUCAAAGAAUAAACGUUUUCGAAAAGUUUUUGAAAGACAAGGCAAGAUCGAUAAAACGCGGACUUCGAAACCACGACAGGUUACGCGAGAUUUUGGACAGCAGUCUGCCAGACGAAGCGUUUACCAUCGAGACGCAACUGCUGGAAAUGGAGGAUUGCAUAGACAUCCACGGUCUAAAUCGAUCGUUGCAAGACGAUAUAGAAUACUACGUCCUGGGUUUGAAACCCAAGACGAUUGCAAUGAGGGCAUGGUUUAAAAAAGAGCUAGAUGUAUCGUCAUAA